AUGGCUUCUGGAGGGCAUGAUGUCAAGGCUGAAUAUCUGCUUAUAACAGGCAUCAGCGGGUACAUCGGUUUCAAAACACUUCGUAUCGCGCUGGAAACAGGCUACAAGGUAAAGGGUGUAGUCCGCAAGAAAAGCAAUAUUCAAGACUUGCGGAAACGAAGUCAGCUUGUGGUCAAGGGUCUCGCCGAUGGACAGCUCGAGCUUGCCAUCGUUCCGGACUUCACCAAUAAAGAAGUCUUUGGAAAAGCACUGGAAGGAAUCACGGCGAUCAUCCACUUGGCGUCACCUCUAGCUGAGGCAGAAAGCAAUUUUGAGCGGACGAUUGUGGAACCUGCCGUUGCUAUGGUCAGCACCAUCCUCGAAAGCGCCCAAAAGGUCUCUACAGUACGAAGGGUAGUGAUAACGUCAUCAUGUGUCACCUUGAUUCCAUUCGAAUGGAACUUCAGCCCCGACUCAAAUACACUCUACACUGCAAAGGAUAUCAACAGCAAUCCCACAACGCCCUACAGCAACGCGAUGGACGCAUACUGGGCCUCAAAAGCACUCGCCCGCAUUACGACGCAAGAGUUCGCUGCGAAGAACCCGCACUUCGACUACGUCAACCUCCUGCCAUCGGUCGUCAUUGGACCGGACGAUCGCAUCCAAGCAGAUGGAGAAGCUGCCGAACUGCUUUCAGGAGCUCGUGCUGCGGUUCUGGCUCCUGCCUUGACGAGUGAUCUGAACUCCGCUUUCCCAUAUGUUGGAGUACCGGUGCACGUUGGUGACGUCGCACGAGCACAUGUCGACGCCAUCAACGCGGACCUCAUUCCCGGGAAUACGGAGUAUAUUCUUUCGUCGGACACGCCAGAAGGUGUGCAAUGGGAUCAAGAUGUCAGACAGGCGGCCGAGAAAUUUUUUCCGGCAGAAGUCGCCAGUGGCAUGCUUCCUCUCCAGGGGUCGCUCCAGACGAUCAAAUGGCGGGUUGAUGCGAUGAGCACGGAGAAGGCGUUUGGUUGGAAGUUUACCAGUUUCGAGGAGACGGUGAAGCAGAUGUUGGCUCAGUAUAUUCAGCUCAAACAAAAGGGGUAA